UAAAUAUGGAGAGACCAGAUUGGUUGUGAUGGUUCAGGUGAGAAAAGUUGAGUGACCUGAAUGAUGGCUGUGGGAUGGGUAGCAGGGUCUAUAUGAGAAGUGAGUAGAAAGGGAGAUUGGUAACAUACAGUAAAUGAGUGACAAGCAUGAAGGGAGCCCUCAGUCUGGCUUGAGUACCUUGUAGGUGGUACUGCCAGUCACGGAACUACUAGAGCUACUGGGAGUGGAGCACCUACAGGGCAAGGAGGACAAGACUUCAGACAUUUAAGAUAGAUUGGUUUCAGAGUGACAGUGAGACACAUAGGGAAGAUGGUCUUCAGGGAACUGAACACCCAUAUCUAUAGCUCAGAUGAGCUAUGUAGGCUGAAUAAAUACAUUUGGGAUUCACUUUCAUAUUUAGGGUAAGUGUAGAAGGAAAACAUUCUGAGGACAACCAACAUUCAAAUGAUGACCGGGAAGGGGGAGCUCUGUAAGGAGUGGGUGAAGGUAUUGCAAGGCAGGCAGGAAGAACAUGAAGCUGAGGUAUCACAAUUAUCAAGAGACAGGAGAGGUUUACAAAGGAAGAAGUGAUCAUUGGUGUUAAAUGUGCUGUCAUCUGAUUCAGAGACUUGGAUGUCACUGGAGACUUUGAUGGAGUAGUUUCAAUAGACCCAGUUGCCACCUGUGCCUUAAUCCUCACUCAUCCAUACAUUUGACAAUAGGCCACAUGCAAUAGACAUAUGUUUAUUUCUUAUAUUUGGAUUUUAAGGUCUGUUAUUUUCUUCAUAAAUAUGGUAGCAUCACAGAAUGACAGAAAGGAACCAAACUGUUGUCUCAGAUUUCCUCCUUCUGGGUCUGCCCAUUGAUCCAGAUCAGCGAGACCUGUUCUAUGCCCUGUUUCUGACCAUGUAUGUCACCACCAUCCUGGGGAACCUUCUCAUCAUUGUCCUCAUUCGCCUGGACUCCCACCUCCACACGCCCAUGUAUUUGUUUCUCAGCAAUUUAUCCUUCUCUGACCUUUGCUUCUCGUCUGUCACAAUGCCCAAAUUGCUGCAGAACAUGCAGAGCCAAGUCUCCUCCAUCCCCUAUGCUGGCUGCCUGACCCAGAUGUACUUCUUCCUGUUUUUUGGAGACCUGGAGAGCUUCCUCCUGGUGGCGAUGGCCUAUGACCGCUAUGUGGCUAUCUGCUUCCCUCUGCACUACACCACCAUCAUGAGCCCCAAGCUCUGUCUCUCCCUGGUGGUGCUGUCCUGGGUGCUGACCAUGUUCCACGCUAUGUUACACACUCUGCUCAUGGCCAGAUUGUGGUUUUGUGCAGACAACACAAUCCCCCACUUUUUCUGUGAUAUGUCUGCUCUGCUGAAACUGGCCUGCUCUGACACUCGUGUUAAUGAAUUGGUGAUAUUUAUCAUGGGAGGGCUCAUUCUUGUCAUCCCGUUCCUGCUCAUCAUCAUAUCUUAUGUGCGGAUUGUAUCCUCCAUCCUCAAGGUCCCUUCUGCUAGGGGCAUCCACAAGGCCUUCUCCACCUGUGGCUCCCACCUCUCUGUGGUGUCUCUCUUUUAUGGGACAAUUAUUGGUCUCUACUUGUGCCCAUCAACUAAUAAUUCUACUGUUAAGGAGACUGUCAUGGCCAUGAUGUACACUGUGGUCACCCCCAUGCUGAACCCCUUCAUCUACAGCCUGAGGAACAGAGACAUGAAGGGAGCCCUGGGAAGAGUCUUUUGGAAAAAUAAAACAUCUUUCUCUCUAAAGUGGUAACAAUUGAG